AUGGUCAAACCCCUCACAUUCAAAGGCGACAAGCCCAAAAAGCGCAAGGUCCGCAGCGCCGACAGCGAAGCGCCUGCUAAGACGCGCAAAACCGAACCAGAAGCCGACAACCCCGAAGACCAAAGCUGGGUCUCCGCCGAAGCCGCAGGCGACAUCGCCGGCCCAGUGAUCCUCGUCCUCCCAUCCGACGACCCAACAUGUAUCGCGAGUGACGCAAAUGGCGUGGUAUUCGCCAGCAAGAUUGAAAAUAUGGUCGAGGGGGAUCCGGCAACGGCGGAGCCGCACGACGUUCGUCAGGUUUGGGUUGCGUCGCGCGUGGCGGGGACCGAGUCAUUCAGCUUUAAGGGACAUCAUGGGAAAUAUCUCUCCUCCGAUACCCAUGGCCUUUGCAGCGCGACUGCCUCCGCGGUCAGCCACUACGAAUCCUUCCUUGCCAUCCCGUCCGAAGUCUCUGGUACAUUCUCCCUCCAGACGCAUGGAGGUGACGGCGAGUCUUUCCUUUCCAUAAAAGAGAACGGCAAAGCGACAGGUGGUGUGGAGAUUCGGGGCGAUGCAACCGCGCUUUGCUUCGAGACUACUCUGCGUGUGCGCAUGCAGGCGCGGUUCAAGCCUCGUUUAAAGGCUAGCAAGGAGAGCAAGGCGUAUGAGAAGAUUAGUAAAAAGGAGUUGGAGGGGAUUGUUGGAAGGACAUUGGAUGACGAUGAGGUUAAGAGGUUGAGAAAGGGUCGCAAGGAGGGCAAUUUCCAUGAGAUUCUGCUGGAUGUCAAGGUUAGCGGGAAGCAUGAUAAGUUUGCUUGA